GCGUGUUCGGCAGAGUGACUGUGUGUGAGAGAGGUUGAGAAAAGUGCUGUGUUGACAGAGGAAGAGAGAGCAAAAGUGAGAGAGAGAGAAAGAGAUAAGCAUGCAAGAGAAAGCUGGGGAGGAUCUACUCGUUCGUAACAAACCUAUAAACCUUAAAAGCAUGCUGUAACUUUGUAUGGAAGGAGGAGUGGAGGUGGAAGUCAUUUUUGGAGGUCAUGGCAAACAACUCUUCAAACUCAUCGAGUCCGAAUGACACCCAGUCUAACAUGGGCGAAACAGAGAUGGUGCUUUUGGGCACACUCAUGUCCGUUCUUGUUCUGGUCAUUGUCUUUGGCAAUGUGUUGGUGAUUACAGCCAUUGGCCGCUUCCAACGACUUCAGACCGUCACAAAUUGUUUCAUUACAUCACUUGCGUGUGCAGACCUGGUCAUGGGAUUGGUAGUGGUGCCUUUUGGCAUCCUUAACAUCAACCUUGGCACUUGGCUCUUCGGCAGAUUCUGGUGUAAUUUCUGGACGGCCACUGAUGUUCUGUGUGUCACGGCCAGUAUCGAGACGCUAUGUGUCAUCGCUCUGGAUCGCUACCUCGCCAUAACAUCCCCCUUCCACUACCAGUCCUUACUGACCAAGUGCAGAGCUUGUUUCAUUGUGCUGCUGGUGUGGGUCAUCGCCGGGCUCAUUUCCUUCCCACCCAUCCAUAUGGACUGGUGGACUUCCAAUAGUACAGAAGCAAUUCGCUGCUUACAGAAUGUUAACUGCUGUGAAUUCCACACCAAUGGCAUUUAUGCUAUCAUCUCAUCCACAGUCUCUUUCUACAUCCCCCUGGUGAUCAUGGUUUUCGUCUAUAGCCGCGUCUUCCAGGAGGCAAGGAAGCAGCUGAAGAAGAUAAGCAAAAGUGAGGGACGGUUUCAUGCUCAAAACAAUGGCAAAAUGCAACAGGAGGCAAGCAGCCACUGUGAGGCAAGGACAGCCAAGAAGCCCAAGUUCUGCCUGAAGGAACAUAAAGCUUUGAAGACUUUGGGCAUCAUUAUGGGUAUAUUCACGCUGUGUUGGCUCCCUUUCUUUGUACUACAUGUGGUCAAGGCCAUAUAUCAACUAAAAUCCGAAAAUACUGAACAUAUUGAACUUCCAUUAAAAAUCUUAAACUGGAUAGGUUACGCUAACUCAGCAUUUAACCCACUGAUCUACUGCAGAAGUCCAGAGUUUAGGUACGCUUUCAAGGAGAUUCUAUGCCUCAACAGGUCACGUUACCCAAACGUUAGGCCAGUCAAUGGAUAUAUAUACAGUGGGCACAGCUGGCAAAGUGAGCACCGAGGGCGAAGCAAAGGUAGCUCAGAGGACAGUGACCCAGCUGAGAAAGAGGGUCGCGUGACAGCAGAUAAAACGGACUCUAAUGGGAACUGCAAUAAAAACCUUAUGAGUGUGUUGUAAAUCACCUUACGAGUUUUGUCUCGUUCCAGUGCGACCUCUGUGUCACGUGAGAACAGGUUAAGCAUCCUCUGGUAAGUGACCAAUGGUGGGUGUGUGUUGGAAAAAGGGACAUUUUUAAACACUUGUUUUUCUCAUCUACCUCAUUGCUUUCUCUUAGGUUCACUUGCUCUAUCAGUUCAUUUCACCACUCAAAUAGGUUUGCGCGCUCAAAAAAUUGUUUCAGCUCAAGAAAACAACAAACUAAAUGCUAAAAAUGUUUAUCAAUUCAGUUUUAAAUUAACAGAAAUGCUCACGUAGAUUUUUUCUUUGAUUUUUCUUUGAUAGCAAUGAAAAAGAACUUUGAAGUGGAUGUUCAGUAAAGGGAACUCCCUCCUGAGUCACGUUUCUGUCAUCUUGCAUAAAUUGAAGAACUGAGUUUCAGUUUUAAAGAAUGUUCGCUAGCAUUAGAUCAACAAAUUAAAUCAGGUAUAGCCGUCUGAAGCAUUUUUACUCUAACUUAGUUAAAUUUGGAUGCUUAAAUAUUAAAUCAUUCAGUUAUUUAGACUACAGCAAGCAUUACUUCACAUAAAGUGUCAGGUUCACUUCUGUAAAACAGGCCAUUUCUGAUGUUACAUAGAAAAAAAUACACCACAUAAAAAUUCUUACAUCUGCCACAGCUCUGUUCUAACUAGUCUAGAGUACAUCUAAAAAUGUCUGGGUUAAAAAUGACCCAAUUGGUAACUCAGGGUGGAAACAACACCUCUUACCACAAUGAAAUAGGAAAAGAAACCGCAUGUUCAUACCAGCUUAUUUAAGGAAAUUACUGAAUCAUAUAGUUCAGUCUUUUAGUCAUGUGAAUGCUUAAGCUGAGUAUCCUUAGAUGGAAGUCAACAAAAAUAAACCAUUGUAUGCUAAAUAAUAUCGCAUUCUCAAAGCAUAAACAAAUUCUCUAUCUCUUGCUUAAAAUGUGUAUGAUAGCAGAACUUCUCUGGUGGCCUGUUUUGAUCUGCGUUAUGUCAUUUCGGGUCCCUCAGCAGGCUCAGUCCUGAAUGCUGCCAAAUUUUUCACCCUAGGAAUGUUCUUAACAUUUUCCAGUACUAAUGACUAAAGUCCAUUAAGCUUCCGUGUAAAUCCCUGAGAUUCAGGGUUUAUCAAAGUCAUUAUGUUACUCCCUCUCAAAAAAACAAAAACAAAAAAAAAAACAUUAUCUAGAAAGAUAAAUAAAUUAGGAGGCAUCAUGUUUCCUGUCAGGCUCAGCUAAUGCAUGCAGUGGAAAGCACACAGCAAUUUCCCUGUUCCUCACUCACAUUUCUGACCUAGGCGUUUAAUCUAAUGUUCCAUGCAUAUCAUAAACUGCGAAAGUGGUAAGCUGUUUCAAUACUUGUCAGUGUUUGUGAACUAUUCAUUUAGGGCAAGUGUCGCUCUGUUACUGUGCAGCCUGUUUAUGUGUUUGAAAACUGUGAACUUUGCUCUUUAGGAUAUCUCUUCGUAUUAGUUGUGGCUUUUUGUGGUCUUGAUUGAUUUUAUGUGCAAAGCAAAAUGCUUUGAGGAUUUCAAACAUUUCUAUCAUGGAUAAAAUGUGCUGAUAAAACAAUAUUUCUGUUUCACUGAAGCAUUACAUCAAUGAAAGAGCAGUUUAAAACCAGCUUCUUAAAAGUGUGCACUCUAAACCUGUCCAAGAUUUUACAUUGGAAACAAAAAGUCAAACAUUGUCAAUGUAUAUAUAAAUGUUAGAAAAAAACUAUAGAGAUUAAGAGAAUGCUCUGUCACUGUAAACAAUGGACUACUAAGCAACAGCAUGCAUGUCCUUUUUCAGUUAAUGAAAGUGUAUGUGAUGGCUUGGACAGAUUUGUUAACACUGCACCCUUCUGGGAAGGAUUUUCUCUGCAUGUAGAUCACAGUAACCUCCCAUGUGAAACGCUGUCCUGUACUACCUUGUGCUAAAUGAAAUAUUUGUGCAAUCUUUGCUUUGAUUGUGGUAAUGUGAUUUACUGUUGUUUUAGAACUUUAUAUUACUACUGCCUUCUCUGUGGACACGCUUAACCUGUUGAGUAAAGUGUUUACAUUCAUAAAUGUCUUUCAGUUAAACAUGGGUCACAAAUGAUUGGCGUGCAAAUUGCACUUUCAUCUUGUAAUUAAGCACUGCUCUUGGGUUAAUGUCAUGCUAUAGACAUCAUAUUGAUGUCACCUUCAGCAUUUAAUGUGCACUAAGUAUUUUUUUCAAUUGUAAGCUUAACAAAUACAUUGUUAAGACAUUAUAUUAUAUGUGAGGGAGGUCUGCUUUCAAGGUGGCCACCAGUUUGAAAUCACAUGACCAGCCAAAUACUUCUUAUUUUAUCUUGGUAACUGCUUAUUAUUGGAGACUUUUAGUCAAAUAAUAAAUUAAUCAUGAAUAACACAUGUGGCUCUGUAAAGGGAAAUUAUAAAUAUUCAUUAUUUGCAUAAUUCUGCAUUAAUGCAAAUAGAUGUUCGUAUUAAUUUCCAGUGUCAUACUGACCAGUGAAAUAUAAACAAAAAAUUGCUUAGUGCACAUUAUAGUCCAUCAUCUAUGUCUGUACAGUUGAAAAGGGAACAAGACAUUUCAUAGUCACCUUUUGGUCUUAAAAUGUUCUGCUUAACAUUUUGGAAAGCAUACUUUGCCUAGAAGGAGAUUAACUGUCACAUUUGUAAGUACAGAUAAAGUGUGGACAGCCUCUUACUGAUGCAUGAAGAUGUGAUUAAAAAUGCCCUGAAUAUUGCUUUAAUGAUAUAAGAGCAGAUUUCAAAUUCAUAAUGCAAAUGAGCAUUUGGUAGGCAAAAGUUCAAAGAAAGCUUCCCACUCAACAACCUUUCAGAAGCGCUUAAUUCAUGGCAUGUGCACUCACUGUAUAUAAUGUUGUUCCAGUUUGAUGUUUACUUACAUUUCUUUGAGCUACUUUCGCACAAGAUUUAUCACUGUUUUGUUGAACUACAGUGAAGUACGUUCAACUAUAUUUGUCUAUAUUAGUGGUAUUUAUGAAAUACAAGCGUCAUGCCAUUUGUAUUCUGUAAUAAAUGAUGUAUUUAAU